AAUAAACUGAAGAGCAGAGAGAUUAUACAUCACUGGCAUUAUUAAAUACAUUGUGAAUGGUGACUUGUUUUGCUACAGGUAGCCUGUGUGUCCCCAGACAAAUGGGCAGCUGGGAAGUAAAUGCUUCCACUGCCUAUCUUGUGCCAUGUCAGGCACCUCUCAGGUAGCUUCUCAUGGCUUAACAGGUUGAAUGAAUCACCAGAAAGGAUUGCAGCUGUUAUAGGAAAGGGCCUGGAUCAUUUGCCUGGGAUCAACGGAGUGGAGAGGACAAAGAAAUAGAGGAGACCUUCCACUUUUGAUAAUACUGACUGACUGCAUCAGCUCACUUGCAGCACUGAAUUACACACAAGGCCCUUGGGUCCUGCUUGCUGCCAACACCAGUAUGUCUGUCCUGGUUUUGUCUGGGAUGGAGUUAUUUUUUUUCCUACUAGCUGGUAUGCUCCUGUGUUUUGGAUUUAGUGAGAGAACGAUAUUUUAGUUGUUGCUGUGUAGCACUUACCCUGAUCAAGGACCUUUCAGUGUCCCGUGCUCUGCCAGUGAGGAGGGGCAAUAGAAGCUGGGAAGUAACAAAGACAGGACACCUGACCCAAACUAGCCAAAGGGGUAUUCCAUACCACAAAAUGUUAUACUCAGUGUAUAAACUCUGGGGAGUUGAUCAGGAGCCACAGAUUGAUGUUUAGGGGUGAGCUGGUCAUCAGUCAGCGGGUGGGAAACAGUUGUGCUGUACAUCACUAGUCUUUAUAGGGUUUUAUUUCUCUCUUUUUCCUAUUAUUAUUAUUUUUAUAAUUAUAGCAUUUUAAUUUAUUUCAUUUAUUAAACUGUUCCUAUCUCAAGCCACAGGUUUUACCUUUUUCUGAUUCUGCUUCCCAUCCCAUUGGGGAAGGCGAGUGUAAGCCAGCGGCUGAGUGGUACUUAUAUUGAUGAUUUAGACCAUGACAGUGUCUUUGCCAUGUGGGCUGUUGGGUGAUAUAACUCAUCCUUUGUUUUAUACAGUAUUAAUAGGGGUAGAGAUGCAGCCCUAAUGAAUGCCCUGAGAGAGGUCUUUGCAGUUGUCAUAAACCCAAAUUCAAGAGUAAGGAUCCAUUGAUCCUUUUACAGUGGAUAAAUCCUAAAGUUUAGGAGGGCUUCCUCCCAGUGCUGCUGGGAAACUGUCUCUUUGUUCAGACAUAUGUAUUGGUCAGGAGUUUCAGGAUGAUUUUGAAAGAUGAAUGGGGUGAUGACUGUUGGCGGCAGCCAAUCUGUUAUAAAGCACCAGGAUGCAUUAAGACAAGUGAGUUAACCUACUCAAUGUGACCUCCAAGUGUAAAAAUAGAUCAUUCCGUUCACUUGCAAGGAAUAAAGAUGUGCUGAAGAGAAUGAUGACUAAAGUGCUCCUCUUUACACAGAGCAGCUGCGUGAAAAAGUGCAGAGUGGGAGUUCUUUUCACGUCUUUUGCUAGCUCUGUGUGCAGUGGAUGCUCUCUUGCUGCCUGCCUGUAUGAGUGGUGUCUGAUUUGCAUGAGGUGACAACAGACAAGGGACUAGCCUUUGCCUGACCUUUCUUUUUUUCCUCUGGGCUGACUCAGUGCCUCUCUGGCAGAUGUGCAGGUGCGGAGUCACUCUGUGGCCAAAUGUGCAAAGGAAAAAGCUCCUUGAGGUCUCAGUUGCAUAACAUGAACAUUAGCAAAGCACAUGGCCUUUACUCCUGAAUCAGGCACUCCAGACAUGUCAAUCACAGGCACUGGGUAUGUUCUUACUAAAUAUGCAAAUUAAGCCAUAGCUGUUGAAUAUGCAUGAUUGACAGCCUGCCUUCCCUCUAGCCCUGUGGUUGAGAAGGCUGUGGUACACAGAUGAAACCUCCUAGUAGGAAAGACAAAAUACUUAAUGCAAUAGUGUUUGGGUUUCAUCUUGUAUAGGGUGCUGUAAUAUAGGGGUCUGGGUGCAGCUGAGUGAUUUCGGGUCCUGCUCCCACAUCCCCUGCAUGUCCCCGGUCUCAGCUCAGAGGUGGUAUGCCACUGAGCUCAUACCUUAUGGUGGAGUGGAUGUUACCUUGUUGAGCAGGUCUCUCCUAGGGUCAUUCAGGCAGUGCAAUGCAGGACUCUGGUGCAGAAGCGAGGCCUGAUGCUGCACGUAUAGGUAAGUCAUGGAGGAGAAGGGGUUUUUUAGGUUCCUCUGCAGACCAUAACGGGCAUUUUAUGGUAUAUCCAUUUUAGCUGGUAAUAAAGCCCAAUAGGAGCAUGUCUCUUGAGUUAAUGAGUUGGAACCCAAGACCUGGUGUCUAUACAGUACAUGCUUUUAGGGUUUUCCUUCUGCAUAGCUCUGCUCCAGUCCCAUGGACUCAAUGCUGGCUGUAGCUGCAAAGCAUCUUCAGAUUUGAUAAUCUCAAAGGAAUCCAGUUUACACAUUCUGAGCCUAUUGGCCUUCAGGAUAAAACAAAUCUCCACAGAUUUUAGGGCCAGUUAUGCCUUUCUCAGUCUGCUGCUGAUAGUUGUCAUUAGCUAAAGGCAUAUUUUGUUAUUUGAUAUCUUAUCUAUCAUCUUAGAGGACAGGUUCCUCUUCUAACAGCAACGUCUCCUGCAAGACCUGCAUUUCCAUUCCAGAUGUGGAGCUCUGCAUUGCUGUACACUUGGAAAUCCCUCUGUAAGCAAUUCUAUGCAAGAUAUAUUUAAAAAGGAUGUUCAUAUUCUUGAAUAUCAUCUAUCCUGUAUUUGUGUGAAAUAGUAUGAAUAGGAGGAGUGCUGCAAACCCUGUUUCAAAAGGCACAAUAUCUAGAAAAUACUGUCUGUAAGUUUUAUAGAGCUACAUAAGAAGAUAUGUAAUUGCCUAUCUAUGUUACUGGAGUAUUACUUGGAAAAGAAAAAGUCUGUCUUCCUCUUUUACAGAAAACAAGAUGAUUCUUACAGAAAAUACCUCAGAAUAUCAACCAAAAUCAGUAAAGAAAAUCAUGCUCACUUUGUGCUGGAUCCUAGCAUUGUUUAUCAAUGGGGCAGAAGUUAGAGAGAUUAACUUUUUAGGUGGUGUUGAUAUUUUAUUGUCCUGCUUUUCAGGAUGUUCCCAUGUUGAACCUCAAAUAUGGUAUCGUGCAAUUAGUGGUGAGGAAUUUGUUUUACAAUGUGCUUUACCAGAUAGAGAUGCUACCCACAUUUAUAACAACUCACUUCCAAAACAACAUAAGGUGAAAUGGUUCUGGCAAAAAGACAAAGAGCCACUGAAGGCUGUCAAGGAAAGCUCUAAUCCUGCUCUCCAAGGGGAUGCACUUUGGUUUAAACCAGUAAGGGACAGUGAUUCUGGAAUGUUCAUCUGUAUAAUAUGGGAAAAAAUCUCAUGUCUCAAAAUUGUUUUGGAGGUUCAAACAAAAAAGGUGGCAAAAUGUUCAGGUUAUGACACAAGCACGCUCUAUCUUCUUGCUGGCAAUGGGAAUUCAAUAACUUGUCCUGGGACAAAAUGCUACAGCCAUAUAAAAAAGCCAGAUGUAAAAUGGUACAAGGAUGGUCAUCAAAUAAAGCAUAGGAAAACCAGAAAAAGCCUAAAGCUUAAGCAUAAUGAAAUCUAUUUGAAUCCAACCUAUGACAAAGAUGCUGGAAUAUAUGUGUGUGAUUAUGUUCUAUAUGACAACACUACCAAGUGGACAAUGAGAACAACAGUUACAGUAGAAGUCAUCACAAAAAACACUAUCCAUCCACCCAACUUCUUGUAUCCCAAUGGUGUGAUGAUCCUUGAAGCAGAGCUUGGAAAGCCACUUGAAUUGGAAUGCCGCGUACAGUUUGGGUUUGAAAGAGCUUCUCUGAUGAGGGUAACAUGGAAAAGAAACAACAAAGAAAAUAUAAACGAGAAAUUGAAUCAGGAAACGCGUGUUUAUCCAGAAGGUUUAAAGGGGCACACACUUCUUCAUGUUGCAAAACUGAAAGAAGUUACUGAAAGUGACCUUGGAAGCAACUUCACGUGCUUUGCUGAGAAUUCAGUGGGGAAUGCCACAGCUAUGAUCCAGCUGAAAAGAAAGCAGAGAGUGUUUCUCUUAUAUGUCCUGUGCAGUGCCAUUUCUAUUCUAUUUGCAUUACUUUUGUGCACUGCCUUUAUUUACCAGCACUGGAUUGAAAUAGUGCUGAUGUACCGAAGUUAUCUGGUCCACAAUGAAACCAUGGGAGAUGGCAAAGAAUUUGAUGCAUUUGUGUCCUAUGCAAAACUGGACUCUUCUGAAAGUGACUCAACUCUAAUUAGUGAAGAAAAGUUUGCCCUGGAGCUUCUUCCAGAUAUACUCGAAAAUAAAUAUGGAUACAAGUUAUGCAUUCUUGAAAGAGAUAUUCUUCCAGGAGGAGCAUACACAGAUGAAGUUGUUACAGCUAUUAAACAAAGUAGACGAGUAAUAAUCAUUUUGAGCCCAGCCUACGUCAGUGGGCCAAGCAUCUUUGAACUGCAGGCAGCAGUGAACUGUGCCUUGGAAGACAAAAAGAUCAAACUGGUAUUAAUAAAGUUCCAGGCUUUCCAAGAGCCAGAGACUUUGCAUCCAGUAGUGAAGAAAGCUCUUCGGAUAUUACCAGUCAUUACCUGGGAGUCUUCUGUUUCUGCUGCUCCAAAUAAGUUCUGGAAAUAUAUGCAUUACCACAUGCCAGUGAAAACUACCAAGAUGUUGGGAAAUUGGAGCUUAAAGGACUUUUUCCUAAGGUUAUUCAGCCUGGUAUAUCGAUAGCAGAAAUUUCACAGAGGGGUGAUGACAGCAGGCUCAGAAAUGGUGACAUGGCUGUAAAGGGCCUUUUCUGCACUGGCUGACCACUGUGGAUUGAAACUACUGUCAGCAAUAGCUCACUCCAAAACACUGAGAAGGACUGCAGUGUGACAGUGCUGCAGCUCCACAGUAAAACUAAGUGGCACUGCACACAAAUGUAAAUGUGAACUGUUUUUCAUAAAUUAUUUCUGUAUUAUUUUUAUUGUAUUUAUUAUAUUUUGCUGUGGUGUUGAGACAUACAUGUGAAUGCUUUGUUAUUUGUACUGUAUUUCUUCUGGAAUAUUUUUAUAUUCGUUUUCUAGAAAAAUAUUAAAAAAGGGGACUCCAGAGAAAGCUUGAACUUUAAUUUUCCUGUGCAGUCCAGUGGGACAAAUCCAAAGUCUUUAAAUGAGUCACCUCCUCCUGUGGGAGCACCAAGAAAGUGCCAUGGGAGACUGUUACCACUGGGUACGCCAAAUGAGCUGAGAAAAGAAGGAGCACUGUAUCAAGUCUGAUCCCAGGCAUCUCCAUCAUUCCUGCAAUGAGAGAAAGCAUUCCUACCAGCUGUGAAACCUUUCCUACUCU